AUGUGUAAGGCAGGUGAAAGUUAUGGAGACUGGUUCAUUCAGAGGGGAAGACUGGGUAGCGGACAAGGUGAUCUUAAAGGAUAUGUAAAACCAAACCCUGUUUCAGCAGAAUAUAUACGUCUGCGAUUACGUAAAAGGAUCUGGCAAAAUCUGUCUACAGUUGCGAGUGCACUUCCCUUAUUAUAUGGAAAUUCACAAUUCCAAACAGAGAACAUUUCAGAAGCUGAGUCAGAAGUACGAAAACCGUUAUCCUUAUAUUUCACAGUCUCUAAGCCUGGUCAACCUCUUGAUGUAAUAAAAACAGAAAAAAGAAAACUAUUAGGCAAGACACGUACUCAUAUUGAUAAGGAUACUUUUUACAUAAGACGUGCAAAAUUCGAUGAUACUGGAGUCUAUAAAUGUUUAUUUAAAGGAAAAGAAUUAAGAGUAUGGGCUGUAACAGUCUUGAAACCCGGUGAUGAACCAUUUAGAAACAUCUUCUUACCUUUAGAAAGAAUAACGGAAAAUUCCACAACUACACUGAAUAAUAGUAUAACUACUGACAGUAGCUUACAACCGUUAGCAACACAGUUUUUGGUUAGUAAUAACUUAAAGCUACUUACACAAUGGUCUUCGUGGUCUGACUGUAUUCCCUGUACUCCAAAAGAAUACUUGAACUCAUUAUCAGAGUCAAAGAUAAGUGGUAUUCAAAUAAAAGUUGGUAUUUGUCAUGUCGCCCCUAUUGAUCGGUCAUAUGCAAUUCAACCACACAUGUUGGCUAUUGAAACAGGUGAGACCUUGAACUUGUACAAUGAUCCAGGUUUACCCUGCCGAUCUCAUUUAAUCAGAGAUUCUUUGUUGAAAUAUGGUCCAAUGGAAUUUCAUAAAAGACCGAGUGAACUGAAGAUCAGACGGUGUAUACAAACAUGUUCAGGUGAAGAAAAAAAUGUUGCCUCAUUUACAUCAGUUCUCAGUAGAGUGCAACGUUAUCCUAAACACGUUACUAUGCGAGUAAAUGAAGGUGAACGAUUGGUUAUCACAUGUCCAGUUAGAAAUUCACCAGAAAAGCCAAUAACAUGGUUUUAUGCACCAGAGAAUACUGAAGAAUUAAUGGAAUUAACUAAAACAGCCUAUAAUUUAAGUAUUAUUCGCCAAUAUGGAUCGUCUACGCGUUAUUUAGCUACAAAAUUGAAACAAAUUGAUUUUACGACAUUAAUAAAAGAAACACGCGGACGAUAUAAACUCGACUCAGCCUUUAAUAUUAUUGUAGCUGAAACAGUAUCCAUAAGAAAUGAGAAAUACAAAGGUUUACACCAUUUAAUCUGUGUACAUGGCGAUGCCUGUGCAGUACGUUAUGAUAACAAUAAGAAUAACAGUGAUGACUUGAUUACGAAUAAUAACGACAUUUAUGGUGAAUGGUCAUGUAUUAUUCAUAUUGAUACAAUACCACGAAGUGGUUUUGUAAUUUUUCUGUCGAAAUUAACACCAGUUGUUCAGUUGUUAAUACCGUUUAUCCUGGCAUUAGGUUUAUUCUUUAUUGUCAUUCUUACAUUAUACACUGAAAGAAAACCGAAAAUGCGCCUAGCUGCCAAUGGUAUGAUAAUUAAAUAA